GUGGGGCAUGGGGCGCGAGGGCCUGAGUCACGGGAGGCGUGCCUGUGGUGAGAGGGAUCCCUGUGGCCUGACAGCUGGCCCAGCACACCCAGCCUGCCUCGCUUCUCGCCUCUAUCGUAGGCUUCCUGCAAACUGUGGAGGAAGGAUUUCUCACUCAGCCUCAUUCUGCCUAUUUGUGCAUUGUGCAGUUAAUUAAGGAAGAAAUGAAGAGUGCUCUAUCACCCAAAAUUUUAAUUGAAUUGUUCCAAUAGCAGUGAUGUGGGGGAGGAUACGAUGUGCUAAAAGUAAAGUUUUUUGCACUUAUCAGCUCUCUAUCGUUUCUAUAGGAAGGCCCACGUAACUCCAUUAUACAGCUAUUUCAAGAGUGAUUGAAAAAGAGCCACUGAAGCACCCAGGAGAGAACGGAGUUGGGAGAUUUGGUGCUUUUGAAUUGCUGUCACAAACAAUCUAAUGUUGAAACACUCUGUAGUACAAAUGUGAUAUAUAUAUCCCCAGUCAGCUGUGUUUUCAUUAGAAUUUGAGACAUUGAAAACUUCUCUUGAUUCAAUUUGCGAUGCGGUGGAGUAACCUGGAGAAUAAGCCAGAUGGGAAGAGAGGCCUUGUAUCACAGGUAUUUGCCAAGAAGUUACCAAAACUCAACACUAUAAGAAUAUUUUAAACAGUUUUACCAGGGUUACUUACUGCUUUCAAACACAUACUCUCCUAUUGUCAUUAAAGAAAAUGAAAAAAUAUGGCAAGCCCCUGUAAUAUAAAAACCCUUAUGCUGUCGUUGAAAGUAGGCAUUUAUUGCUGCUGCCGCCACUGAUAUAAAAUGACUGACACUCUGAAAUGGGGACCAUGGGAGGUUUAGAUGGAAGCAAGCCUGAAAUGUUUCUUUCUCCAAGAACAGGCAGCCUAACCUUUUUAAUAGAUGGACGUUUGACACAUCGUGAAAAAGCCAGAAAUUGUACUAGGGGAAUUAUUUCUGGACACUGAAAAUCAAUCAGCUUAGCAGCAUUAAGGCACAAUCUCCUCAGAGGCCCCUUUUGGACAUUUAAAAAAUGCAUUUUAGAUGUUCAUAACUUCCAUCUGCAAUUAGCUGGAGGAUUGGCUGCUUGUAAUUUUUGAAUCAUUCAAGAAAGUAACACCUGCACGGCUUCUAAAAUUGUACCUUCGUGAUAGCACCACCUAGUAAUUAUUAUUCUGAGUCAUCAGCUAAUGCUCAUUACCACUUCAUAGUAGCAGUAUAAUUAAAAAUUCUGUGCCAUAUUCUGGUAGUGAUCAAGCUCUCAAGCCAACAGUGUGACUAUAGAGAAGUUAGUUUCAGUAUAUUUCUUGGUCUCUACUAUGUCUGUCUAAUGAUUUCUGGAUGAUCUUCAGUUAUUCCUGAGAUAAAGUAACAUUUUCAGUUUCCCUGGCAUGUCUUAGAUAUGAGAUUUUCCAGGCACGUCUUAGAUAGGAGUAAAUGUUGCAAGGGAAAGAACGUCAAUGCAGCAAAGGCUACUUGAGAGAGGGAGUUGUUGGGCUGGCUCUGAAAUAAGCCUGGUUCGGGUCUUGAUGGAAGUGAGCUCCGGUGCUCAUUGCUUUGAAAGUCAGGGAGGGACUAAUGAAAAGUGAGAGGCUGGUAAAAAACAGAAAAACCAAAAAACUCACAGACAACCAAACAACAAGACAAAAGAAAAGUCAUAGUCUGUUGUUAAUUUUGAGUUGUACUAAUCAUUGUGGGGUCCCUUCCUCAAUUCACACACAGGUGAGCCCAAGAAAUUAGUUUGCCUUGUUGCUUUUUUUGUUUGUUUGUUUGUUUGUUAGCUUCUGUGAAGAAAAUUGACUAAAGCAGCCAGUGGUCAUUCCUCAAGUCUUUCAUCAGUUAAUUGCGAUGAUGCCUGCAGUCACGGAGUAUUUUCAGUCCAAUCUGAGUGGCUCACACUAGCUUACACUAUCGGUCUAUCCUUUUUCUUUCCUAUUUUUCCUUGACUCUGUAUAUGAAGUGAAGCAGCACUGACAGUUAGGAGAGGGCAAAGAUUUGGAAGGUGGUUUAAUUUGUCGUUUGGGACAUGAAAGACUAAGCUUGGAAACUGUGUUCCAGCAUAGAAGAGAAGAUGAUUUAAAUGGAGAACCCUGGGUUUAAUUGCUGCCAGAAUAGCAUCGGGGACCUGAGAAACUUUGUAUCAGUCCUAUCAAAUCUACCAAGUUCCUGAGAGCAGCUUUGAUCCAGCAGGUUGUCAUUCUCUGAUCAAAUCAGCUCUAGGAGAAAGAGUUGUCACCUAUAAGCUGACACAGAUAAUGAUCAUCACUUCUGUACCUUUUCUUGGAUAAAUUAAAAGGAUUGGCUACAGUAUCUGCCUAUAAGUCUAGUCCAUAAAUACAGCCUAUUGCUUUCCUCAGAGCUCUUACCGAUUUAAUGGCAUUAGAGGUAGGCUGUUGGUGUCAGGAGCAGAUUCAUUCUAGGAGAACCAAUGCAAAAUGGUGCCAUUACGUCUCACUAUUUAAACGUGGUACUUUGAUGCAUUGGAAUAUUGCAUUUUUUCUCUAUCCACUCCACAGAGUGAUUGUGAAAACGGGCAAACCACUGUGACCUUAAUGGUCUUUUAAAUCACUGUCUUCUAAAUUGCAUUCUGACAGUGUGACCUAAAUUUUGGGUCUGCUUUUUGUAUAAUCUUGUUUAGUUACAGUAAUAAUGCCACUGUUCAGUUGGGUUGACUGUGCUAUGAGAUUCACAUCACGCUUUUGAACUCAACUUGUCCUUUCUUGCAGGUCAUGUGAAAAUGAUGGAUUUAUGCCAUCACUGGCUUUCUUAAAUAGAAGUUUUCUUCAGGUCUUGGCUCCCAUAAAUAUCAGAGGAGCUGAUAUAUCCAGAACGAUGAUCUGUUUAAUAUGCCUUGCUGACUUGGAUAGCAUUGUUUUUUAAAUAGAAAUGUUUAGGUGUAAUAAGCUAAUGCACGCUUGGUUUGCUGAAAGACACAAUGCACCUUCAUUAACCAAACUUGUCAGGCUGGGGACACUUUCUAGAUAGGAUUAUAGGUUUGAUUUUCCUGACGCUACAUUGCCCAUUUGUAGUCGGGGUUCUGCAUAGUCUUCAUUUUCUGUUAGCAUAUAUGCUCUGUUGCUUGGGGGUCAGUGCUGAGUUCAACAGUCUGCAGUUGCCACAGUGACUUCACUCACAGUUCCCAAAUAUUAACAAAAUACUAAUGCCCUUCAUUUCUUGUCCUUUAAAUUUUUCUUAGAAUAUGAUAUUUAAUCAGCCGUCAACCCCAACAGCUCCUUGGCCUACUCUUCAAAAACUUGUGGGAAUAAAUGAUUCAGUCUGACAAAUCUUAAACAUUUUAACUUUAAACAAAUGCUGUUAAACUUCUCCUGUAACUUGGUGAGAAAAUGGUGACCUGCCAACUUUCAAAGCUCAGGUAAAAUACUGUGGCUGCAGGGAGAGGAGGUGACAGAGACUAUGUCAGUGUAUUCGAAAGCCUCCAGUUUCCCAGCAGAAAGAAAACUGGUGGUGGGAAGCCAAUGCUAAACUGGAGACACCUGAGCCAGGUGUACCCAGCAGCCCAGGCUAUGGUAAUGGGAGCUUUGCUUCUGAAAGGCGACAGAUGAACACAUAACUACAGUCUUGUCAUAGUCAGGGUAGUGUAUUUUUCUGCUUUCAGUACCUGCAAUUCAGCCAUUGUCUAAUGUCACAGAUGUGGUUUGAUUUAACUUAAUUUGAGAGUAAUAUCCUACAGUAUUGAGGGAUAUUUAUGAAGCAAGUUCUUUGAAGUUCUUCCCUCCUGCUCUUAGCAUCACUUAGUCUUGCUGGAUGCCUUUUAUCUUGGUACGGGUUGCAGCCAGCCAUUAAGAAAGCUAAAUAGUGGUGCUAUUUCAGUUGGCUUUGUGUUAUUUUGCUCUUGCAUAUUAACUUUGCAAUUCUGCUUCCUAUUCUGGUUGAGUCAUAAUAUUCUUGCACUGCUAGUGGCUGUUUAUUUCAUUUAAAGUUGUGUUGCUGGAGAAAGGGAGAGGAACAAAGUAGGAAGUUAACUGAAAAAACAAGGGUAUCCAUAUACAUAAAUACAUAUAUAAACAUGUAGUGAUUUUCCAACAAUAUCAGAAAGGUGAUUCUUGCAUGAAAUACUUGUGGUCUGUUAACACAGUGCAGGAUCUCCCCGUCCCCCAUUCCCUGCUGUAGACAUGUUCUGCUUUUUCUAGUUUGUUUACGUGCAGGGGCGAAGGAAUGAAGGAGGAAGAAGAGCACUUGCCAGAGCAGCAGGGAAGGGAGCUUACAGACUGGGAAGUCUGCAGGCCUGAAGGGGAGGGAGCUGGGAGGUGGCUGUGCUUACCCCAGCACAGAGGAGAUGUGGGAGAUGCUGCGCUUGCUGCCUCCAGUCUUAUCUGUUCUCGGCCAGGAAAACUGGCUGCAUUUCCUGGUAUGCUCCAUCUGGGCUUUGUUGCAGCUCUUUAUUUUGUGUUCAGUCUCUCCAGCUUCUCAGCAGAGCUGAUGUUGGAGUUUUCCCUAUCGCUCCCAUUCUGACUCCCAUAUCUUCCUACAUUUCUGAUAGAAACCACUCAGUUGCAGCAGGCAAAUCUGUGAUGAGCGAUUUAUAAAUGUGAGCUGUCUCAAUUUGCAGUGCACUUUGUUAGUGAGAGAGCUGGAAGAGAGCAGCUACUUCUCUCUCAUGCAAAGCAAUCAGUUUCUCUUGCACUUUUCUGCAUGAACAAGAACUUCUCAAGUGAGGAGGGUGCUCCUUUGAAGUAAACAGUGGUUUGCAAGGAGGAAUCCUUACCAAUUUUGGGAGACUGAGAUACUUGUAUAUGUAUAUAUAUAUAUAUAUAUAUAUUUCUUUUUCAUAAAUCAUGCUGUAGGAGAGGAAGAUAAAUGAGAAACACCAUCUCAGGAGCCUUAGCUUUGAGAGCUCUUGGAUGUUAUUGCCAUUUUCUUUUCUCCUCAGAGAAUCUUCCUGCAAUGAGUUGCCCAGCUUUUUGGACAGUGCUUGUGUGACUAAUGGUAAUGCUCUAUUUUUAACUUUGGCUGACAUUGUUACCAGCAAUACUUUCAUAUUGAACCACUGCAAGAUAUUCAUUAAAUGACCGCUCUGCUAUGUACGUAUCAGUGGUACAGGAAAACAGACAGAACUGGAAUGUAGGUGAGUUCCACCUCGAGUUCCAGUUGCAUUCCAAGCUUCAUGUAUUUUUGCAGUCUGGAGGUAUAGUGCACUAUAGUAAGUUUUCCCUGAAGUGUCUCUCUCAGGCUCAUCCUAAGGACAAUGCCCCCUGUUUCUGUUCCUCUGAGUGCUUGCUUGGCCACUCACACACACAAAACAAAACUAUAAUGAAUUAUUUUAUUACUUUGCUUUAAAAUAUCAGAAACUUCUUACUUUUUGAAAUCCACAUUGCCUCGCAUGCCAGGUAACAACAUGGGGCACAAGGACUGGCACAGCUGAGAUGGAAGCAUAUGGCCGUGUAGGUAAUUAGAAGUGGGAAUUUCUUAAGCUAGGCUGACUGCCUAAAAAGAUCUAAUACAUGACUUCAGCCACAUCACUUGAUAUCAUUUAGAGCCUCUAGAAAGACUGCUACUUUUUUUGCUACCUGCCUCAUAAGGCUAUUUUCCUAAUACAAUUGUUUUCUGAGGAGUAGGGGUGAGAACUGGAGAUUAAGUAAAUGCCAUCCAUAGAAGCAUAGAAUGGUUUGGGUUGGAAGGGACCUUUAAGAUCAUCUAGUUCCAACCCCCCUGCUAUAGGCAGAGACAUCCCCCUCUAGACCACUGUAAAGGGAAUAGCUUUACCUGGGCUCUAAAAGGGAAACCCAGCCUGCUACCUCUGUGUUGCUGAGAAGGAGUACUCCAGUGAGCAUCAGUACUACCAUUUUGGAGGUACAACUUGCAUAAAAACAAGCAGCACAACUGUUAGUUAUUUUUUCACUGCUUCCUUGUAGGAAAGAGAGACUUGGAUUUUUAGGCCAAGUUUUAUCUAUUUCUUUGUCUCAUUUACCUCCUACUAGAAAGAAGUUUGUUUCUCCCUUUCUUCGUGCUCUUCCAGAUCAGAUUUGAGAGUUCAGCACUUCACAGCUUGGCUCUGGCUGGUUCUGAAGCAAAAUCUCACCUGUUCUAGAUGGUCUGAUCCUUUUCAGAGUAUACUUCAAGCACUGGCAACAGAAGUCCCACAACAAGUGUCUCUGAAGCAGGGAAGUUGUCCAGCUGGUUCUUUGCGCUGGUGCCAUGUGCAAUUGGUUAAUGGAUGAUCCUGCUUUUUGGAAGAAGUACAGGAAGGAUUAAAGAAAUGGAGUUUUGCUGCUGGAGUGGGGGAAACGUGGAUCAAAGCUGAGGGGUUGUAACAGAGGAUGAAGAAAAAUUUGUAUUCUCCUUGGAUACAGACAGGUGUUUUGAGCAUGUCCCCUCUGAGAUACCUCAAAGGGACUUGAUCAUCAGAACCAGAUGAGCAUGCAGCCUCUGAAGCUGCUGUCCUCUGUUCUCUAGAUCAGAAGAUUAUUUAAUCUCUCUGAAAAAUGUCCAGUGUCCAUUUUACAUUUCAACUGGUGCACGUACAGGCAAGAAAGGAGAAGGCACUGCCAGUAGUUAGAAACUGGCCCCUGGCACACAGAAACACAUGCUUGCCUGCUUCCAGGCAGUGCAGUGGUUUCUCCCCAGACUGUUCUGUGAUGCUCCUUUUGAAAUCCCCAUGGCAAAAGGCUGAGCAGUGCUAUUUGCUUUGGUGUGUUCUUGGUUCAGCAGUGUUGUGAUACAUUGCUUGGAAAUUCUUUCUCCAGAUAUUUUAUUAUUAUAUAUGAGUGCUAUGUAUGAGUCAGAGGGGCAUAUUUGCAGCUCUGUGACAGAUACAAGUGCUAUUGCCAUCUGAGAGAUGAAGGAGCUCACCCCCUGACCAUGCCAUGUCCUUGGUUCCAAGGUGCCUGAGGAGGUUACAGGAGAAGGGAAUGUGGCACAGAAAUGUUGGCAGUCUGACAGAGAGACAAAACUCACCUAUAUGUCUCUUUAAAGUGGUAUUUUUCUACUGCCUGAGAGAAAGGAGACUUCAUCCAGAGUCCUUGGGAACUGCUUACAUACUGAGGAGGGUGGCACAAGAAAACUCCUUUCCUCAGCAAUGCUGGCCUCAAAGGCCGCUCUUGCCCUGCACAGCCUACGGUGCUGGUUCCCAGGGAUUUGCCCCAGGUUUCUUAUUCCCCUUCUUCAUUUUGUUCAAAGGGUCAGGAAGUCGAUUUCUUGUAUUUCCUUUACUGCCCAUGUUUGUCAGUGGGACGCUGUGCUGACAGCUGCCUCAGCAACCUGCAGUGACCCCAGCAGGAGGGGAAGCAGCAGAUGCCCAGAAGAUGACGGCGCUGACAGGCAGCUGUCAUCUUCUGUGCUCUCUGUCCUCAUGCAGAGCAGUACCCUGUGUGCCACUGAAGCUGGGCAGCUGGGCUCUAAGUUGGUGCUUUGCUUCCAGAGCUGCAACAGCCAAAUUCUGCCUUCCCUGAGCUGUGCAGCCCGAGCAGGGUAUUGUGUCCAUCCUCUGUUUAUUUCCAUAGGUAUAAUGUGAAUUGUAGUUUUAAUAGCUUUGAAGUGUUGCAGACUAUCCUAUACUGGCAGGCUUUCUUAAAGCCUGACUGGUCCUGGGUGGUGGCUGAUACCACGCACAUCUUCUCCACUUAUCGUGAUAUAUCUAACAAGCUCUUUGGAGACUGGCUGAGACUCCUCAGUUCCUGCAGUGUGUUGGUCUUUUAGGAUGUGAAAUCACGUAGCUCACUUUUCCCACGAAAAAGACUGAUGAACUUCAAGAUUUGGCUUCAUAGUGUGUAUUGCUUCCCUUGUAGCAGAAGAAAGGCCCAGAGCUCAGCCCUGGACCCCUUUCUGGAUGUGGCCUUAUCAACCUUACCCUGUGAUACGGUAAAGGCCAUGGGCAUCCUGAGUGGAAACUUGAUUAUUUUUUGUGUUCUGAGGUUAUAGUGAAACAGCAAAAAAUCUGGAAUGCAUAUGUGGUGCUUUCUUAAGGAUCACCUGCUAGCUGCAUCUACACCAGCUUCUGGAAAAAUCUAACUUUGGCUUACUUCUCUUAUGUUCAAACCACCUCAUUACAGCAGGGAGCCACCUGAGAAGUAUGUUAAUGGCCAUAUGCCAACAGCCUCAGUGCUAUGAAAACUGCUGAGAUGAACCUGCUCUGACUGCUGAAAGCCAGAAACAACCCUGCUCUUGUCUACACCAGGAAAACUGCAACUUGCUAAUUUGCCAUCGGCCAGCAGCUGCUCUUGGGUUGGCAAUGUUGGAACUGGUAAAUGGAACUCAGGCAUAUUUAACUCUGUAAUAAAACAUAAUUUAGAACUAUAGAGCAGACUGGUAAUGCUGCCUAUUAUCAAGGUUGUUUGAUACUUCUCAUUAUAAGACUCUAUUUUCAGCCGCUUACAAGUUUGCCAAAUUUUAACAGCUUGCACUGAGAUUUCUUUUACUUGGUGUCUGCCUCUCGCUGAAUAUCCCGUUAUUGUUGUUCAGGAAAAGAAAACAGCACUUAGCCAGAGCAGCUCAGUUGUUUCUAAGAAAGAGCACUGGGAAAAUACCUUGUUACUCCUGUUAAAUUCAGGUGACCUUUUCUUUCAGCAGCUCAGAGGAAAGAUUUGGCAAGAGGAGGGAGCCACUGUCAGAGACGCUUAUACUCUUUCUAUGGAUAUUGACCAAAGUAAGCUGGUGCGCAGAGUUCUCAAAGCAUUUCUGUUAUCACCAGCUAGCAGCUCUUUAAUGCUUAGCAGCUAAUUUCCUCAAAGAGUUGGUGACUGUGGGCCAUGUGCCACAGCAAGGCUGUGUGCAGGGGCUUGGAGAUGCGGUGCCCAGCUUCCCCAGGGUGCUUGGCCAUGGAAAGGAGGAGAAUGAAUGAAUUAAAUGGGGCAGAGUGCAAUAGUGACCCGAAGAGCAAUACCUGGGUGCUCUGGAGAGCUUUAUGAUGUGUGUAAUAUGCUCACAGGUGGAGGUACUAAUAGAUAGUAGAUGUGUAUGUACCUAUACAAUAUCCAUUAGCUUGAUGCAUUCCUUGUAGCUGUUGUGUAUGUUAAGCUAUAAAACACAAGCCAAAAAUCAAAUUUAGUAAUAGCAUUUGUUAAUGGCUUCUUUUUUUUAUUUUUUCUGGAUGUAAUGGUGGACAUCAGAUUAUUACCAUAGAACACUGUAGGCAAUCAAAAGUGAAUUAAUCUUGCUCGGGGACUAAAAUCACUGUAGGUUUUUCCUAAAUAACAUGUGCCUCUUUAAUUAAUCUUUGCUUUCUUAUAAGCACCGUGUUGAAAUUGGAUACUACUUCUGCCUGUGUGAUCCUAUGGGCUCUGGUGAGAUUUUGAUCCUUCCCUACAGAGACCCAGGCUCAGUGGCCAGGAUGGGACAGAGAAGAGGAAAGAACUGAACCCCCAUUAGCUAGCCAGGGAAAAGUCCCUGCUUUUAACUAUGCUGCUGGUUCACCAGUUAUAGUAGCCACGAUCUAGCCACUAACACUGCCCUAUCCUUUCAGAUUUCUGUUAGCCUUCUUCUAUGGAAAUUACAGGAGCUUCUCGUAACUUGUCUCGCAGAGCUCCUAAAAACUGCAUACGCAGCACAAGUAGCUCUACACAUUAUCUACUCCGUAUCUACAACUCCAAAUGGCAGGGCAACCUAUACCAAAGGGUUCGGUGUCAGAGAAUCAUGGAAUCAAUUGCAUUACUUCUAGGUAAACUGGGUUAUGAUGGAGUUCAGCAGUCCAGACACAUGAACUUACGGAUGAAGAUGAGGCAUGGCUGCAGGAAGACUGUACUUAAAUUUAAAAAUAACAUUUGAAAAUUUGAUUAAGACUCAUACCUCUCCUCCCUUCCUAGUGUCUAAUGAUAACAGAUUAAGACACUUUAAACCUAAGGCAAUUUUGUAUUUUUAUGGUUACAAUUUAUUAACAGGCAGUGUUUCUCCAGCUUUCCUGGGUUGCAUGAGAAGCCCACACAGAUAGAAGAAAUUAGGGGGAAAAAAUGAAAAGAAUAUAAUAAAGGGCUGUCAAACACGUGUCGUUUUAAAGAAAUGGUGCAAGAUGUUUUCUCCUUUUUAUGUUUUAUUUUUUUAUUAUCUGCUUUGUAAAACCAUUCUCAAGCUGAAGGUGGAUGGGAAUCCUUUAAUGACCCAUCAAUAAAACCACUUAGCAGAGCUGAAUAGCAGCUGUGACAGGUGACCUUCCCUUUUUCAGAAAUGCUCUAUUAGUUCUCAUUAUCUUGCCUCUUGGUCACGUUUGGGGGCCUUUCAAGACUUCUUCUUUUUUCUCCUCUGAAAUAAACUGUAUUUCUAUCCAUCUGGAGAAGAUUCCAUAUCAUUUACUGGGAAAGGAUGUCAUUCACAGUAGCUGUUUGUGGAAAAAUAGCUUACUUGCCGUUACAGAAUUGCCCUCACAAGAGGAAGCUGAGGCAGGUGAGGGAAGGUUUGAGUGUAGCUGCUUUAAAACAUGGAGGGCAGACAAAUGGCUGCUCCUUUGCUCUGUUGUUGGUGUCAAUGGUGCUACCACUCCUCUGUCUCCUCUGGGUAUUGUGCCGAGCAGAUGAAGUAAUCUGCCUCAGCUCUGGCCUGCCAACACAAAGCUCUUCAUUGCUUCAGUGUUUCUCCAAGCAAAGAAUACCUAUGACAUGAAGUAACAACUGUGUGGGGCUCUUUUCUGCCCAGAAAGUAUUCUACUAACUGGUUUCCAGUUUUGUCCCCAUACAGGUGCUGCUUAGUUCUUUCCAACUCUCUGACUUCUGGGAUUAGAAAAAGCAAUUAACUCCUUUCUCCUGUGGUGCGUUAGAUAAGAUUGUGAAAUUCAACGGGUUUAUAGCUGCCAAAGAAGAGUCUUUCUUGAAAGCACUUGCAUCAGUGUUAUUUUUAUUCCUGUGAUUUGCGAUGUGCAACCUGGAUCUUUGCAGCAGUGUUGGUAGAUGGUAGUAGCAAAUAAACAAACAAAUAUGCUAGUAAAAUGCUAUGUUUUGCUCUGAUUUACUUAUAGAUAUUUGAAGUGGAUAGGAAAUGUGGCAGAAUUGAUGUGGAAGGAGAGGGAGAAAGAGACAGCUCUUGACUGAGGUUCUUUUCCUUUGAAGUAAACUGAAACAUUAUGCCGCAGUAUUGUGGCCAGGAAAGUGCAGGUGCCCAUAUUUCACCUAUUAAUAGCAAAUAUUUUCUUAUCCAUUUUUGCUUUACACAAGAAAAAAACUAUUUCUGAGGCUUUAUCAGGCAAAACGAGAAAUUUAGCACGGAAGGAACUAGAAAUGAAGUUUCUGUAGACGUUUUCUUUUUGUAAAUGCUGACAAAUAACUCCUGCCAAAUACUACAUAAAGGAGAAAAAGAAACAUAUGGCAAUUCAACGGGAGUGAAAAGAUGAGCUAAUCCAACAUCCAACAAGUCUUUGGAUGAGACUAAAAUAAAACCAACCAGCCUUUAUCAUGCUUGAUAGCACCACUAUAAUUAGGAGUCUGUCACCAGGUUCAUAAUGAACCCUUAGCCCUAUUUUCUGGGGUUUAUAGUAUGGCAGUAAGAGUCACUUCGGGUUGAACUUGGCAUACUGGAGCUCACUGUACAGAAGGCUCUAAUCUAGUGUGCAGGUUUUAAAUAAACAGGCUGUUAAAAGUUGUUGGGGUGUGCCAGCAGUGAUCUCGCUGUGCUUAUAAUCUGUCCAAAGUGUUUAAGGAGUCGGUGUAUAACGCGAUUUAUUUGCCUUUAGCAUGAAAAAUAGAAAUGCGUUGUUCAGUAUCCUGAUGUGCUCUCUUAAGCUGCCGUGUAAGGAAGCAAGAAUGUAAGGAAUUGCUAUUUAUUUUUUUCCCUCCCUUGGUUUUAUGAUCCCUAUUUCUGCCAUGGCAGGAGCUGCUGCUGCAGAGCUACUGGUAAGCAUUUGCUGUGCACAGCCUUGAAAACGCGUCUGUGAAAAAGCUCAUUCUUUAGGAGUCAAGUUUUCAAUCUUAUGGAGUUAUAGAGAGAAGCCCGGCAGAUGAGCAGAAAAUCCAGCUUGCUGCUUUCUCCUGUCUUUCCCUCCAUCCUCGAGGCUCAGUCAGCUGUUGGAGUGGCACUGGCUGUGCAGCAGUGCCUCAGACACGUACAUGGGCAUGCCAAUACUUCUGAGUGCAGUGGUUUAAGCUUCAGAAAAUGCCCAGGCUUCUUUCUGAACCCAGAAUUAUUGCAUAUCUAAUCUCUGAAAGAAGUGCCUUGACUGUAUCCCUAUUGUGUGUUGUCCUCUACUCUUACUUCCUGCACUGGGGCUACACAACAUUUCACUGUCUUUAAUGUGGCUAUUUGUGAAUGUCCAUAUGAGAUAAGGCAGAGCUGUCACAACAGCAUCUCCUAUGCAAGGCUCGUGUCUACUAAAGGUCAAGUAUUUUUACAUUAAGGCAGAGUGUUCAAACUGGUAGUAGGUGCCUAAUGAGAUUUUUAGAAACGCUGAGGUUCUUCUGCAUUUUUAUAUGACAAACUCUAACAUGUCUGUCUUAAAAGGACAAACUAAGCAACCUCAAUGGCCUGAUCAAAAUCCGAGUAGGUCAGUCCUGUCCCAGUGUGGUUCAACCUUCUGACUUGUAUAUGAAAGCAAAGACGAACUGAGGUGUAUCCAGAUCACAUUUAAUAUACAGUAAAUGUUAACUUUCCCUCCCAAACACUUCAGGGGAGGCUUUGAUGUUCAUCUGAUGAAGGUGAAUGGGUUGGGGGAGGAUUAAAGUUCACCAGGAACUGCAGCAGUCCUAUGUCAGACAGGGCAUGAAGCUGAGAAUUUUCAUUCUACAGGAAAGAAAAUAAAAGCCAUGCACACCAGUGCUGGCAACCGGGCAGGGGGUACAUCAUGUAAGCCCAUGCCCCCAUGCUGUAUUGCUUCUGCUUUUCAGAAAAAGUCUGUGCUACAUUUCUGACACAGAGACCUCCCCAAAGCUCCACAUUUAUGAAUUAGUAAUUCAUAAAUUAGCAGCUGUAGGUUGGCAGUCUCUAAAGGGGACUAUGCCAGGUUAUAUUGUGCUCAUUCAGAUGAGAGGCUGGCCCAUAAAGGCCGUGCCCAUCCUCCUGGGAGCUAAGAAACCCUUUUCCCUGAAAAGAGAAUAUAUUUUUGGAGGCCAUUGUGCCUUGUCUCCAGGUGAGGCACUUCAAACCUAGCGGGAGCCAGGAGCAGGUCUGUCUCUUGCAGAUCCCCUGGCCCCAAGCCCCUCAUCUCCCUGUAUGCCAUUCAAACUCUGCUGGCGCCCGCACCACUGACCUAGCUGGCCAGGGAUGACAAUAGAAAGGAGAGAGCAGUGACAUAUGUGCCCAUAUACACACACAUUCUUGGCUUUCUUGCCUGUAUCUGCUGGCAAGCACACGGUAGGUAGCAGCUGCUAACACUACUAGUUGCAUUACACUCUUCAUUUAGGCCCUAUGUUUUCCAGCAGGAGACAUGGAGCAUGGAUUGGAACCUAACCAUGAUGGUCUUCUGCAGAAGAAUGAGCAUGUAAAGAGCAAGGUGCACCAGGCAGGCAGGGACCUCUGCUCUCACUGGGGUACAGGAACAGGGCUUCUUGCAUGAAUGAGGAGAGCAAGGAGGGAUGGGGCAGGCACCACAUACUAAGUCUCUCUAUGCAAACAGCUACACUGAGUGAGUGUUACAAGAAAGCACAUCAUAUAUACCAGCAUACCUGUAAACAGAGGCAUGUGCAACCUCCACGGGGAACAUGGAGAAUGAGUGAGAUCCAUUUUCAAAACGCCUCCAGUCAUGUGGUGCAUAGGACCCACUCGUGCUAACAACUUUGAUAUUGGCAGUAAAGGCUGAUGUCUUGAAGAUUAGUGCAUGAACGUGGGGGACUUCUGUGAGUCAGGUUUUGAUCAUUAGGAAAAAACAAGCUGAGAUAUCCAAUCAAGAAUAUUAAGCUGAUCAGAGAAGGAAACCACUGUACAACAGUCUGAUACAAAAGGCUUUUGAAACUUUCUAUUAAUUAGAAUAUAUUUGAUCUCUUGGCUUCAUCUUAAUUUAAAGAGAAAUGUGGAAUCACCUUCCAAUUUCUGCUCCAUAGGAAAAGCUUGUAUAACCCUUCAAUUCCUGGCAUUUGCCAACUCUAUUAUAAAUUGCAGAAGAAAAGGUUGCAGUUAAUGUGGAAAUGCAGUCUGUAUCUACAGAAUCUUAAAAUGCCCAUUUUACUUCCAGAAGGUUUGGCCAUUCAUCUUAUUAUCAGUUGGUUUUUUUUUAAUUUGCCUUAUUAAACCUUUUCCUGGAAAACAAACAAACAACAGCUCUAAAAUAAAGGGGAAACCUUGCAGUGUCCUUCUUUCCCUCAUUCCUUCCUUCCUCCUUUCAGUCACACCACAGUUCCUAUCCUUUCUCUGGAUUUGUGUGUUAUUCACAAAAAUAUCAGCUCUCAAACAGCGGGGAUAGAGCCUGGAUGUUUAUCUUCUCUAAAACAUACCAGCUGUUCUUCUCCUUAAAUAAGAAAAUUAGAUAUUUGCCUUUUAAAAAGUUAUUUUGCUACUAAAUAUUACUUAUCUGAAAUGGCCCUUGCAGCUCCUCUUCAUCUGGCCCAUGAAACAAUUGCUUUCAGCAAACCGUUCUUUCCUAUUGCAUUUAUACUCAAACUGUUGAGCUUCAGCUCUCAUCCCAAGAGAUUUAAUUUUUUCCUCACCCUUCUGGAGCUAAUUAUUAUUAUUUAAAAAUCCCUAAAUAUAAUUCCACUUAACUGUUGUGCUGUGGAGACCUUCCUCUGUUUAUUCUCAAGCUUCCAAGUUCCAUUCUGAAAGUUCCAGGCUUUUGGCAACUUGUGAGUUUGACACCAAUAGAGAAAAGGAAAAGCAAACAGAAAAUAAGGAGCAAAGCCAGCAAUGCUCAUCUGGAUGUGAAACCAUCAGCUCUCCCAGGAGGGAGGCGUUCAGGGAGGCUCAGGCUGUGCCGUCAUUCCUGGGCCAUGUUUGAGGACUAAAUGCUGGCUAUUUGCUGUGCGUUUUGUCUUGCUAGUAGGUGCCUGAAGGUUUUAUUAUUCAUUCCUCUUCCAAGUGCUAAGAGGGAAAUGCUAUUAUUUUAUCUGUUUCUAUACUCUCCAAACAGCUUUAAGUGUUGAACUUCUCCAUCCCCCUUGUACUUCCCCUGAGUCUUCAGAAAGAGAAGUCUCUGCUUCUCUGUUUCCCUCUCAGCCCCUUCAGCCCUCCUGCCCCACUGGCCUGGUCCUCCUAGAUUUCUCAGCAGUUCCCUAUGGCUCUUCCAAAGAGCAGCAGUUGGUAAUUGGCAUGAUUCUUGCCUUUUUCAUUAGUACUAUUGUUAAACUCAUCACGAAUCCAUUAAAUUGCCUGCUGUUCUUGUUUGUAAAGAGCAAGAGACUAUUGCUGUUUGUCUCUGAGCUUGUGAAGAGCAUACCAAGUCUCCAACUUAUUUGAAAAUACUGUUUUUAGCAGAACCUCUAAUUUUCCAAUGUUGAUGACUUAUGCUUUCCACUUGCUCAGAAUAAGAUAACCACCAACCACCUUAUAGGUUUACAAUCAUAAACAUCCAUUAAAAACAACCAGUCCCUGAACAGGGGAGCAGAGGACCUGCACUUGCUCAGCUUGCUGUGCUGACUGAGGUUGCAGUGUGACAUGAAAGGCCAGCCCAAACGUUUGCAGUGCUCUGUCCAGCUUGUUUCCCACUCUGACUGCCUUGCAGCACUUGCUGCUUUUCUGUUCACCAAGAAGAAGGGUUGGGAAGCAUUUUUGGAUUGACAGUUAUAUUUCAGGAACAGUUUCGCUUGCAAGAAAAGCAGAUUUUUUUACUUUUGCAGGCAAGAAUAUGAGAAAAAAAUGAGGUCUCGGACACAGAUGAACAGAUACAUGAAAGCACUGUGGUCUGAAUUGAUGCAAUACGUGUUGGAUUUGUGCACACAUGGUUAGAAAAGCCAGCAAAAGUCUUCAUGGGAUUUUACUGAGAAGUUAAUGUGGAUGCCAAAUCCAUUUAUCAUAUCUUUGGUUAUGUGCCACUAUCCCAUAUGACCUUCUCCAGCCUCAGAGCAAUGAACACUUUUCUCUUCCAUUACAUAUGCUUGUUUUAUUUUAACCCCUUCCUCACCAAUCCACCACUCAGAUGUAGUAUGAGCAGCAGUUUUUCCCCUUGCAGGGAGGUGAAUGCAUUGCUUUAAAAAUUACAAAUAUUUGGAAAGGGAACCAAAUGGUCCUGGAGGCAGCUUUGGUAGAUUUGCGGGACUUUUCUGGGGAGGUUAUGGUUAAAUUUAUACAGCGCAACUGAGGAUCUGCCCCUUUUUCAAUUAAUAACUUCUUUCCCGCCAGUAAUCUUUAACAUUAGGAAGGGUACUUUCUCUAAUCACUUGGCUUUUUAUGGUCUAACUGGUCUAACACUGGUAUCGGAUAAUAGUUUUUCCACAGCUCUGAGGAAUGUGCCAUGCCACAGUUACUCCAUCUGAGAGCAAAGGCAAUUCAUAGGUUUCUUGUGCUUUGGUUCAUAGCUUUUGCAGUCGUUCCCUUCCAUUACUGCUUGAAAACAUAAAACAAAGAGUGUGCUGCCAAUACUCUUUGGCAUGUGGUCAGACAGCCUCUGUUGGGCACAAAAGAGGAUGUCUACUUUUGUUUUUAUUAUUCCCUCACCCUCCUGAGCCACAGGUGUUGACAUCAAGAGCUGCUGGGUAGAUCACAGCUCCUCCUCCCUCUGCAACUCUGUCAGCUGUUCCCAUGGUCAGAAUUAGUAGGGACUGCUUAAACAGUUUAAAUAGGUCUCCUCUCAGCUGGUUGAUUUUUGGCAGAAAUGGGCAAUGGAGAAUUAUCCAGAUGGCUCGGUUGGUGCUUUAAGGGAAUAGUAACCUGCACAGCAAUCCCUCAGAAGCACUGGGCUGAGGGCAGUUGCUGCUUCAACUGGUGGAGCUGAAGCUGGAAGAUACUAUCUGGUUACAGGUUGUGACUUAUGCCUGUAACUUGUCCCAUGGCAAAUCAUUUCUCUUAGGUUAUGCUUUAAGAAGUUGUGUAGGAAUGUAAUCAGUCCAAAAAGCAUGUGCUUCUAGUUUAGAGUUCUAACCUUGUGUUGCAACAUGCACGCGUAGCACUGUUACGUGGCUGUGGGAUCCAAGAGGAUUUGCCAUGUCUGGUUGCCAAAAGUUGCUGAGUGUCGAGUUAGACUCUCCCAGGGAAAAUCAUCACUGAAUUCACCUCAGUUUAGACCUUAGUGGCUGGAACACAGCAAGCAUGUAGUUGGGCCCGAUAACAGAUCUCAGUGUUAUGAGAAGUUAAUCCACAAAACAUCCAGCUGAUGCUUCCUGGAGAACUUGAUGAUAUAGCAAAUGCAGUUAGCAACAGAGAAUUUAGUCAGGGUAUUGGUAGAAAAGGUUUAUUGGUCUUCUUGUGUCAUGUGAGAUUAGUAUUCUCUCCCAGCACGGCACUGGCAUGUAUGAAUAUCAACCUGAAAUGCUUCUUGAAGCAUCAUCAACUGGAAGAUCAUUUAAGUGGUGAUACUGUGGGAAGAGGAAUUAGACCUUCUGAGUCUUCAUUCAGCAACACCAGAUGGAGAGUUUACAGUUUCUGUGGUUUCUCCCCUGUCCCUGCCGAAAUUCACCACCACCUUGGCCUGUGCUUUUGUUGGACAAAUCUUUUGGCAUGCAUCUGUUGUGUGUAUGUGUGUGAGACAAGAGCACACCCUUCCUUUGUACUCUUUUCUAAAAGGUUUUCUACAGAAUGGAUUCUCUCUACUUUUUCUCCACCUUUGGCAGCCUUUUUCUGAGUUGGGUUCCUCCCCCGUUUGGUAACAAGUAUUGCAGCACAGGUGGGCAGCAGGUAGAGUACAUCAGCACUGCUGUAAGCAGAGAAUGCUGCUAGGACUACGUUGGGAAUCCUUGGCCUCAUAUAUGUCUUUUGGACUUUAAAUCAUGUCUGUAAAAUGCUUCGAUAAGCACUUGAGCUGAAGGAGUGGUAACCUCUAGCACAGGGUGUGAAGGGUGUAGGAAGUAAUCACUGCAUAAGGGGAAGGGCUGGAAACCCUUCUAGCUACCUUUAUCUCCAGAGGAUCUGUCACACGAAGUAACAUCCUAAGGCUGUGCUGCUGGUAAUCUCAGUGCUUGAGAGAUAACCACGUUCUCCCUCCAAAACAAACUGAUAAAAUCUACUUCCUUUGCACAAAGCUGCAUUGCUCCCUUUGUGGGGAAGAAGACGAGGUUAUUACCUGUGGGCCAUAGUUGUAAUUUGCCACUGUUGCUUUCAGAGGUGUCUGUUUAUUUUGGAUAAAACUUAAUUUAAGUCUUCUUUUUCCUUGGAUCCUGCCUUCAGAUACAACAACCACACUGAGCAAGUGAAACUACAGACUUGUUCUUUUCUUGAUUUGUAUUGUUGUUUAUCAAGAAGGACUGGCUAUGCCUGUCAGUCUUUCUUACAGGAAAAAAUGGGUCCACAUUGACAUAUACUCUUUUCCCAAUUAGCUUAAUGGGAAAAUGAGCUCAUUAUGUCUUUUCUUUCUCUCACAGGUAAAUUCAUAAUUAAUUCACUUUUGGUAUGUUCUUCUGGCCAAACAUGUGUGUUCUCUAAUCUGCUUCAUCUCCUUCAUUAUGGCCAGGCUAAUAAAUUCCUUAAUUUUGAGAAGUCAUUCAGAAGAUUUUGGUAUUUUCCCUGGACCUUCAUUCCCUGCCAAAUUAAGAAAUAGUCUUUGAAGUUACUAUCAGCAUAGAUUUGGCCUCUACAAAAAACCUAUUUGAAGUGAGAACUGCUGUCAUCCAGUGACUUGCUCUUGGACUGAGUUUUAGAUAAUGGCACCAAUAUAGUCUGAUUUAGACAACAAUCUCAAUGGCAUUCCUAUAUUUGAAAUUAUUAUAAGCCUGCCUAAUUUGGAUUGAGAAAACAAGAAUUGGCCUCCUCUGUCUCGUCUUGUAAUCCCCUAUUGACUUGUGACACCAUCAAAUUUUCUUAUGCAAGCUUGGACACUGUUAUAGUGAAAUUAAACCUCCCGAAAACAAGCUUGCUUUUCUUAAGAACUCCUCAAACUAGGAGUUAAUGAGACUUGUGGAUAGUGCUGUGGGUGGUGUCUAGCAGUACAGCAUAGCUGCUCCAUGUGCACUGCCUGCACAGCUGUUUUGCACGGCUCCCUUUACCUCCCUUGCGGCCAGGUAACUGCUGAGGCAGCACAUGGUUGUGUGUUUUGGAUCUGGUUCAUGCCUUGUGCUCCGGAGGCAAGCCACUCUAGUUUGUGAAGAGACCACAAAAUAGACGCAGUUGCUGUCCAAUGAACAUGUGUUAUUUGGCUUAACAUAUGAAAACAUUAGCUAGGGUUUUUCUUAUGCCUGUUGGCAAAAAGGUGUUCUUUUAAAGAAAUGCCAAUAAUAAUAAGAGCUACUUCAAAUAAGGUCUGAGUUUCUUGACGAUGAGUGGGAAAUUAUGUAGAUUACCAACCCUGAGAACCUUCUGAUACUCAAUGUCAUGAUUAGAGAGUGUAAAAGUCUGUUUGAGGACUUGGCUAAUUUAAACUACUUGAGCUCCACAGCAAAAUUACUUCAGGUAAUGCUUGACAGCUGUGUUUUCCAGCAAUAAGGUCUCAAUAUGUUACAGAAGAUGUAGUUUGUUUGCUGUUUGUGACCUUCUGCCAUUUUCAAGCAACGCUUGUGCUAAUGACUGUUCUGAGGGCUUCGGGGGAGAUAGUUUUGCUAAUUGUUUUCCAAGGAGAAGUAAUAUGAUUGAAGGUUGAAUGGAUGUUUUCUUUUUGUUACAUGGUCUGAUUUGUUGGCUUUGGAAGAUAUAACUGGAAGAUAAGAUGGCAGAUAUUUGAAAAGGAAAUUGCCUGUAUUCUGUAGUCUGUUUAAGAGUUUCUUUAUCACUGUGUGUGAUGUGCACUGCCUGUGCACAUGAUUUAAACCACAUUUCUGGAACAGAUCUGGAAUGUAUUUGAAAGUGAGAGAUGUGUAGCAUGUAUAUGAACUGUAGUGUUAUGAUUUUAAUUAUGUGUGCAGGUAGCUCUAAAAGUCAUGCCUCCUAUUUAUGCCCAUGGAAACUACAGCAAGGAGCACAAUACCACUAUUUGAUAGAGCAGAUUCUCAGCUACAAAAAACUAUUUUUCAACACAGUUACUGCCAUUAGCUCUGCAUUUUUGCCAGCAAUGAACAAGAGCCUGCACGCUGUCCUCCUAAAAACCUGCACUAGCAGAGGCGACCCACUGUUUCACAGCUGUUAUGAUGGUGUUGCUGCUGACAUGCACCACCCAUCACCUCACAGUGACAUCCAUUGUUUGGUCUCCGUAAAUGCUCAGCAAGCAUCUAUGGAUGUCAGUGGGUGCCAUUUUUUUCUGCAGGGAGAAAUUCAGUGACACACCUUUGUUUCAUAUGCACUUCCAUGUCAGAUGACAUUCUGUCAGACUGUCCCUCUGCUGCCAUCUGUCACACUGUAGCAACAUGUAAUGUGAUACUGGUGGGAAGGUUCAACCUCAAACUGACAAUACCAGGAUCUCCCCCAGUAGAGUCAGCGUGCCUCCUUGUAGCCUGAGCCCAAGGGGAUGUUUACCUCCCUCUGGUUGAGUACACCAUUUUGCUGGGGUACUUCUUCCAGCCAGAACUCCUGAUCCAGAACCUGCUAAUUCAGGUGGGAAAGGUGAAGCAGUAUGGCUCUAAGCUUCUUCUGGGGGAAAGGAAGCAAGCACGUAGCUGCAGAUUCCCUGUAAUGGUUUUAGUGAGGUCUCACCAGGGCAGGAAGAUGGUGGCAUAUCUCCAUGGCACAGGGAAAUGUGCUGGGCUAGGAGAGUCCUGAGAGGAGAAACACUACUAAGUAGCUAAGUUUGACUUUACGUAGCUAGUGUUUAAAAAGGCUAGUCCUGACAAUGCUGAGACAUUUCUUCUUGCUUUGCUGUGGUCAAGUUCUCAGAUUCAACAGUAUAAAAAAAAAAGUGUAGGGUUGGUGUCUUGUUUUGUUUUUGUUUUGUGCUUUAUCCUAUUGGGUGUGGUGAUGUCUUUUAUGGAGGUUUUGUGGUGAUUCUUUUUCUCCUUGGUGCCAAAAAGAAGCAGAUCUCCAUUUUUGAUGUCACCUUUGCAAUUAAUAACUGCAUUUGAGCUAACUUUCUAAAUCACUUGAGAUUUAGCCUAUGAAAGUCAGACGUGUUUUAUGUUGGUUUUGUUUUUAAUCAUGGAGUGCCUUUUUUCAUUCAAAUACAGACCUCAACCUCAUCAGAAUAUUAAUAAGUAGUUUUUUAUGCAUAAGUAUUUAUUUCCAGACCCAAUUUGCAGCUGUUAUGGUUUGUUGGAUCAACGAUUUCAUUUUUUAAUGAAAAUUCUAAGGAGGUUUUGAUUAUGAAAUGCAGUGUCUCGCAAACAGCUAUUAAGUUUUAAUGUGUCAAUAACUGCUUUUUCUUUUUCUUUCUUUCUUUUUAUUAGUUUUAAAUCCCCAUACCUGUUCAAAGUCAGAGGAACUAUGGAUAAAGCAAAAAUCUGUGUGACAGGAGCUUUCCGUUCCUGUAACAAUUUGAAAAAUAUACAUAAAUUACUUUUGAGUCAAAUUCAGACUCACAAAAGCACAAGAUUUGAGGGAUUAGGGCUUUAGACUACCACACAAGGCCUUUUAUUGUGUUUGCAAAAGCCUUUUGAGAAGAUUUUGGAGGCAUUUUAAAAACCAUUUACUAAGUUUAGUCCUAUGGUUUCUUGGUGAAUUUGGCUGAUGGGAUCUUUUUCGGCAGAAGGACAGAGUUACCCAAAAUCACACGGUGUGACUGCCAAAUGGAAAUGAAACAUACAGUUCCUACCCUGUGGUUUCAGGAUUUAGACAGUGUUCCCACAUCAGCUCCCGUGAAGCUGUGGGGAGGGGAGGAAAGAUCUGUCGCUUAUUUGGGCCUGUGCAUGUUAAAAUGAACUGUGUGACACUGGGGAGGAAGAGACAGGAACAGCAUGGCUGCUGGGGGGGGGGAUGCAUGCCUGUGAAGGUGGCAAGGCAGUGGUUUACAGUUCACUAACAAAUUGCUUGGGUCAGAUCCAGCUUCAGCUAACAACAAAAAUCGCAAGCUGUGAGUGCACUGGGUCCUGCGGUCCCCUACAGCUGUUCACCAGAUCUCAGCUUUUAUGAGGAUGGCCCCCCGCUGGCCUCUCCCAGAGCUGGGCCCUGGCAGCGCUUUGUCCCAAGACAGAUUAUUCAGCAGGAUCCACCAGAAAACUUGCUUCAGAUUUGCCAGGGAUUUGUUGGCCCUAGGACUGGCCUGUCUGAAAGGAAAAUGUUCUGGAAGACAUCUGAAGAGCCCCUGUCCCUGGGCUCGCCUGUUUGUUUGUCGGGGUUGGCAGAGGCAGAGAGAGCUGAGUCCAUUUGGGGUUGCACGGAGCUGUCUUCCAGUCUGUGUUCAUCUGCACUGAGAAAACAAAGAGAAAGAGAAAUGAUCCACCGCAGCUGAGACGCUGAGCUGUUCCUGAUUUGGGUGUAGGGGUUAAAAAUGGUGACUGAGGUGUGCCUCGAGUACUCACAUACUCGUUUUAUUCCUUUUCUUUUUUCUUGGUCAGGAAAGCAGGCUGGGGGCAUUUCCGUGUUACUUGUGACAUCUUCUCAGCCACCUUUUCCAUCACCAACUUUGAUCAAAACAUCUAAAAAUGUUAGGCUCCGCCAAGCUCUGUGAGAACAGGAGGCAAGUGGAGGAGGGAGCCCAGGAGCGUCCCAUCAAGGUGGUUUUUCUUUUUGUGGGAGGUCAGUCCUUACACACAUGGGGGGCUUCACGCAGAGGGCUGCUUCUGAUCAAGAGAAGCGGAAGUCCACACCAGAGAGAGGCCAGCUUAGAAGUCAGACAGAGUGCCUGAGGCAAACAUGAUGAUUCCUAAUGCCAAAGGAGGUGGUCCUGCCCUGUCUUCCCCGUAUGGCCUCCAGAGCGCGUCUGUCUGCACAGGCAGCCAGCUCAGCUGUCUCGUGCGGCAGAAAGCUCACCAAAGCAAAGCAAAUGAGUUUUUUGCUAGAUUAGUGAGUUGAAUCAGUUUAUUCCUGAGGGCCAGCUGAAGGUAGGAGCUGGGCUUGCACUGUUCAGGCUGAGUACGGGAGAAGGCCAUGUGUAGGCAGAAGAUUGCCCUGCUUGGUGGCGCGGAUUAUCUGGGUUGGCUGUCGCAGAGCCAUGCCCGAAGCGUUCAUUCUUGGGUACCCACCAAGAUGCAAACUCAGUGAGGCUUAUCCUGUAGGAAAACAACAUUAAUCUCUUUCUGCCUUUCUCUCUCGCUUUUCAGUGUGGGUUUUCUGAUAUUUGUUUGGGGGAUAUUCUUUACUUUUGUGCAAUUUGGUUAAAGCAGUCUGUCAGCCACAAGAGGACAAAUCUGUUUAGAAAACAAAUUUCAUUCAUUCCAGUGCUCAUAAAACCAUUUGUGUUACAACCUGUAAAAAGGAAUGGAUGUCUGAGAAACAAUUUCUGUUUCCUAGUCUUACCGGGUAUAGCCGCUGUCAACACAGGUUAUUCCUCACCCUUAAAUAUUAAAGCCAGAGCUACAGCAAAUAUUAUUCUUCAGCUCAGUAAUUCUGUAUCUCACAGCUACAGCUUUCAUGAGUUGGUGAGAAUAGUAAAUGCUUCUGCCUCGUGGUAAAAUGGAUUUAAAAAAAAAUGGUUGUACCUCAUUUUUUCUGUUAAUUAAAGUCAACAAAACUUGGAAAAAUUAGUUGAGGUGAAAUAUAAGUCUGCUGUGUCUCUACAGAAGAAGGAGAAAUGAAAGUUUAUCAAUUCGGAGAUAUGAUAGUAUGGGCAGAACUUCCUGUGCUGAAGACUAUUUCAAGGAGACAGCGCUUCAGACUUUGUUCAGAUUGCCUAUUUUUCAAACAUUGCACAGCAACUCAAUCUGAACUCCUGAAAACCUUUGCAGAUAUUUCGUAGAGAAGAUCCAGAAUUCUGAAGGCUUCCAGUCUUUUCAGUUGGCAAGGACAAACAGGCUUGAGCUGUGUAUAUUUACAGUGUGUUUCGUUACUCAUCCUUUCCUAUCAAAGAUGAAAGAGCGAGAUCCUUGCAAACUGUAGGAAGCAUUUGUAGACUAAACCAUGGCAAAAUCUGAUGAAUACUUUGACUCCUUCAGACACUGCUGUAUAAAGAGAUAACAAGAAUGAACAUAAACCGUUGACACCAAGCAUGCUGCCUUGCCCAUCUACUUUCACUAAUGCAGCCAGCUAAUGAUUAAAACCAUCUAGUUUCUGAGGGCACUGACAGAAGUGCUCUGGAAUUUCACGCUGAAUUGAUUUAAGAGGUUAUCACUCCAGCUGUCAGCUAUGUUUCUUUAGCAGGGCUGGUUGAAGGAAAUGAAAGCUGACUUCCUGCUCAUCCCCACUCACAGCCUGGUAUCCUAACUUACACUGAAAUAUGCUGGCCAUCCUUUUCCAGGGAUGGCAAUCUCUGGCGAAAGGCAGGACUGACAGUUUGGUGCGGCAUCUGCCACCAGACACGAUCUGCUUUCGGCUCAUAUGCCCACAAUGCGUUAUGGUAGGGUCAGGGGCUGGUCUUUGUGGCAUCUCACAAAGGGCUUUCACCAAGUUAUGUGUGUUAUAUACUUGCAUCAACAGAAAGCGUGCUGAUUACUGGGAAUUGCAUUGUAUAGCAUAUGCAGUUGCCUCUUGCCUGGGGGAAGUAAACUCAUGGUUUUGAGGGUGCAUGUGGCUGGUCACACUGCCAUGGGUUCCACUCAUGCCUUUUGGAAGGGAGUGAGCAUGUUUUAAGUUCAUGUGUUGAAAGAGCAACUUCUUUCAUUUUGAGAAAUGAUUUUUUCUUUCCUUUUUCUUCAGUAGACUGUUUUUGUUUUGGUGUGUUCAAAAUCGAGGACUUUGAUGGUGUUAACCAUUCUUCACGUAUAGGGCAGACCUUAAAAUAUUUGCGGUAUUGAAGGCAUUUUUGAGAAUCUUUUUCUGUUUCUUCACAGAAAUGGGAGGUGGGGAAGUAUUUUCUGUCAGGUGCAUAAAAUAAAUUCAAGUCAGACAGGUUUUGAAGCUUCCAGAUAUCUAGAAGUAUGUGCUGCUCUUAAAGGACAGGUUUCACCAAAGCUCUGAAUGUGUUGCUGUCAGUCAUUUAGGUUUUUGCAUUCAUCUUUUACCUCUUCUGUUUUGCUGAUCCAGUCACUGGGAAUAAACCACAAUCUGUUUGCAGGAUAGCCUGCGUUUAGCAUUUUGAAGGUGUGUAAAUGUAUAGUUUUCAUGUAACAGCAUGUUAUUUAAUGUUAACAGAAACUGCAAAAUGUAAGGGAAGAAUUUAAAAAUAAAUGUCAAAUGAAUGGCUAGUUUUCAAGAUAUACCAUUCCCUGUGAAACUAGGCAUGAUUGAUGGAAGUCAAUCUUAUAUGGCCUGUUCUAUAGUGGCUUGCCCACUGUAAAGAGGUCUGGCAAACACAUGCCUUCAUGUCCCACACAUUCCUUUCACCCAUUUCAGGUAACUUCGUUUUGUGUCUUGAUGACUGACAGCACAGCCAAAAUUAAAGAGAUGACAGUUGCCUGCCAAAGCUCCCUUAUAGCUUUAUAAUUUGUCAAUUGACUGUGACAUUACCACUGUAUUGUUUUGUUUGUCUGGUAGCUUUUUACUGUUUAAUACUAAUGUGGAAAAUCUAGGUUAUGCAUUCAUUGAAAAUGUCAAUACAGCUACUAUAUCAUUAUCUUAAUAACCUGGGUCAAAUGCAGUGCUUGUGGACUGCUACGGAGCAGUCCUGUCUUCUUCAGAUCCUGUCAGAGUGCAUGGCCUUCAGCCCGAGAAAAUGCCGGGCAAUUGAAAUGACUUUCCUUCCAUGCAAUUUCCCUCCCUGAAAUGUCUCUUGCUUUCUGCACCAUUGCCCAUCACACACAGCUAAAUGGACAAACAUGAAACUGUUGUGCGUAUCAGUAUGAUGCACAUGCCAGAGUGUGUCAUGCAUAAUCUGAAAUUAUCUGCCCUUUUUCUGUUUGUUUGUUGACGGGUUUUCUCUGUCUGUGUAUUUGGGCUAUAAAUAUUACAUACAUUAAAUUUUUCUCUAAUCAAAUAUAAUACAACAGAUUCCUUCUGUUUUGAGUGGCUUCUUCCUCUCACGUUAUAUAGGUAUGUAAUAACAACUAAAUCACAGCUUUUAUAAUGUCUUAUAAGCAUGUUGUUUAAAAUUCUCAUUUGAGAAAACAGGCUCAGCAGGUGCUCUAUUUUUCUUUAAAUCCGUAGGUUGCCAGCAUGAAGUAACAGUGAAAGAUCCAAAAUAUGCACUUUUUUUGAAAGAGAAGGAGGUACAGAAAAUAAUACUUCAAGAGAAAUUUUGUUUUAAUAACCUUCGUGUGUAGAAGAAUUGCCUCCCGUGCUUCUUUGUCACUGCCACAUCAUUGUUGGCUUUUUGUUGGUGUUUCUAAGGAGACAGAUAUGGAGACCUUGCCUUGCCUUACAUUCACCAGUUAAAAAUCCCAACAAUUGAUCCUAACUUGUGAUAGGGUGUGGGAGACUUGGUCCUAGAGCUAUUAAACAGCAAAAACAACAAAAGCGAAACAAAAACAUAAAAAGCCGUCUAUAGUCAGAUGAAUGUUUCUACAUUCUUUUUCUUCAGUUCUUCUCCUGAAGCAUGAUGGUGCCUUACAUGUUUUUUUCCCCUCCAUUUCUGCUGCCUACACUUUUUUUAAAACACUUUUACUACCUGUAACAUGUAUGAAUUAGCACAUCUUCCUAAGAGAAGUACUAAUAGGCUUCUUCUUCACAGAAUAGAACAUUUAAAUAUGCUUCUGUUCAAGGCAGGACUGUAUUUCUUCCAUUCAGCUUUUGGCUACAGCUUUUGAAUUAUGCAAAACACUGUUUGUUGGAGGUCCUGUGAAUCUAGUAAAUAAUCUGGUUAUCUGGGCUGCAGCCUGAAAGCAAACUCCUGCAACAAGAGUUUUAUGAACAUGUUGCUCUCAAAUAGCAGCACUCACUUUGAAAUUCUUUCUUCUCCCGAGGUGAUUAUAAAAAAUAGAUUACCAUGAGAGGGCAGAUGUAUGAGUUCUCUGGCACCCUUUUUUUUUAUACAGUGAACGAUGCAAACCUGACCACUGCUUUCAAGAGGAAUGUUUCAUUCUUUGAAUACUGGACUAUAAACAAAUGUUUCAGACAUGUGAUACGGUGCUGUAUGUCACGACUCCCAAACUGCCUUUGCAUUUUGUGUGCAGUCUCUCUGCAUUACAAACCAUAAGUACUUGAGGUCAGAUAGUCAUUCCUUGUUCUUAUUAGAGCUUAUAGUUGUGUUUGCUUUCCGAGGAAAGCCUACAACUACCCAGAUGGAUUUGGUGUUUAAGAAUUGCCUGUAAAUACUUAAAAGGUUAUUACUUUGCAUAUUUGGUUAUCCAAAAUCUUUCAUUUCUGCUUGAUUUCUUGGGCCGAGAGCUAUAGCUAUGGUUAAAAUGCCAUGGUAGAAACCUCCGGGCUUUCUUUUAACCCAAGAUGUGGCUGUGUUAUUCGCAUCAGUGUGAAGGCAACCGCGUUGUGUAAUGUUGUCGUCUCAUUAGGUAAGCAGUUGACCAGAUACUUCAUUACUUACAAAUCCAUUGUAGAGAAAAAUCUCAGCAGCAAUACCGAACUUAAAAUCAAGCGUCUAUAUAUUUCGAUGAGUGACUUCUGAAAGCAGGCCAGACAGAAGCAAUUUGCACGUUGAAAUGUGACAAGCUCACAGUCUAGAAUUUUAAUCAAUGAGGCAUUUUAGCUCAUCUCCAUAUAUUAUUUAUGCUCGAAGACUAAUAUCAGAAUGAAAUAUGGCAAACUUGAUCUUCCCAAAGGAGAAUUUGGAGAGAGUAUAUAAAGACUCAGUGUGAUGAGGUUAGACACAGUGAGAAGCAUUCUGCCCCAUUACACUGUUAAUCAAACUGGUUGUUUACAUCAAAAGGUAUCUUUGUUACCACCUUUGAUUUAGUAGCAACCUCCCAAAAUGCUGGCACUCUUCCAAUUUCUUGUGUUAGACUUGAAUUCCAGAGGUUGAGCCUGCAGUGUUUUGCUUUAUGGAAAGUAAUUACUUUGCUGCUCUAAUUUGCGUGGUGAACUGGCUGUCGUGUGAAGUAGUUGCACUGCUCUGUACCACUUUCCUGGUGUUGGGAAACCUUCUUUGCCACUGUCACCUUUCACAGUGCUCUGAUCAAAGUAAAACAGGUCGUGCCACUGUGUACAUUACCAAAAUGUCCAGGGGGGUAUGCACAUUGCAUAGAACAUGGUCAUCUUAAAAGUACCAAGAUGACGUCCUUUGGCCGUCCUAUUGCAUAUAGGUGUCAUCUAUCAUUGCCUGUACUUCUACUACAUGUUAUAUGAAAAUUAUAGUUUAAUGUAUCGUUUUCUAGACUUGAUCAACAAAUAUGAAUUCAAAUAUAAUAAAAAGGAGUUUCUUACAUACUAAAAAGAAAUCUGCGUUCAUGAAAGGAACAUUGAGAUUGCUGGAAACUUCAAAGAUGAAUUUGAGAGACUGAGAAUGAUUGACUUGUAUUAAUGGGGGGAAAACUUUAUUCCCAGCUGGAGAGGAAACAGCACUGGCAGAAAAUCUUUGAAGCAUCUGUUCAUAGCAGAACAAUCUAGUCUUUGGGAUUCUGUUAAAUGAAUUAAAAUCAGUUUCCUUUCUCUUAACAUGCUGAAUUAACAAUAGGAGAGAAAGAGCGUUAAGACAGAAUUGUAAGAGUUUUGACUCAGUUAGUUCUUUCUAAAUGGAUAAACUUUAUUUUGGCUGGUGUUGAACGAGUAACUCACUACAAAUAAGUAAUUCAAAACGAAGAAGGGGUUUUUGCUUGUAAAAAGUUCAACUGCAUUAUUUAAAUACAUUCCAUACAUUUUUCUCUCCAGAGAGCAGGGAAAGGAAAAUGUAGUACCGUGGCUGUUCUCUCUUUUCAAGUGUGGUUAGAAAUCUCUUAAAUAUUAUUAUUAAUCCAGGAAAGGGGUGGAAGGUUGAGGUAAUUUUAAAUUUCCCAACGUUCUACCUGAGAACUCAGGCUAUUUCAGACAGCCUUCAAAGGAAAAUAGGUUGUAGGCAGCAAAACUGCAAGAGCCAUGUGUGUGGUUUGGUGCUAGUAAGGAGAAAAACUUGCUGGUGGUAUUUGUGUUUAUCACAGUGAAUAAUUGAUAAUUGCUGAUAAAUCACUUGAGCUGAUGGUGAGCUUGUACCUUCUUCUGUGGGUGUUUGUGGGUAAUUGCAGAUGGAUGUAGCUGCUCCAGUGGAUCGACUGACUGUCUCUUAUUCAUAUCAUAGCCUGCACAACUGUAGAGAAGACUGACGGUGACAGCACAGGGCUCAGGUCUGGGGCUGGCCUGGUACCUUCGGAGCACAGCUGGACACAAUUAAACCCAGACACCACUGCAUCCCUCUUGAAGACCCAGCGGAAGUCAGCUCUUCUCUCCCAAGCAGGGUGUGCACACACAAUUCUAAUGUGAAUUUUUUCAGUAAGAAGAUUAAACGCUGUCCUGGAAAAUAACCUGACUGUAGUGAGGAAGACAUAGUAGAAAAGUGAAUGUAUUACGUAGAGAUGGCUCUAUGGAUCUGGACUCUAAGCAUUUUGAGCUGCUUUUGCAUCACCUUUUCCAGAAGUGAGGAACUGAAAUUUUUUCAAAGUGCCACAGAGCUAAAUCACCUAACAGUGGAUAAUGACACUGGCAUAAUCUAUUUGGGAGUGGUAAACGCUCUGUAUCAGCUUACAGAAAAUCUGGUGGUACGAAUACAUGUGGAAACAGGGCCAAGAAAGGACAACAAAAAAUGCACACCUCCCAUUGAAGAAAAUCAAUGUAAGGAGGCAGUACUGACUGACAAUUACAACAAAUUAUUGUUGCUGAACAAGGAAAAUAAGACAAUUGUGGUGUGUGGAAGCCUUUUUAAAGGGAUUUGUGCCACCAGAGAUCUAGAAAACAUUACCAAAGUUAUGCAUUAUGUGGAAACUAGUGGAGAGAAGUCCUUUGUAGCAAGCAACGAUGAGAAUGUAUCGACGGUGGGGCUGAUCACUUCCUUGGACAAUGAUCAGGUGCUGUUUGUUGGGAAAGGGAAUGGACCAAAUGAUAAUGGGAUAAUAAUCAGCACUCGGCAGCUCCACGAGAAGGAUGGGAAAGACAUUUUUGAAAUGUAUUCGGACUCAGCAGCUGUUAAGUCAGCAUAUCAUUCUUCAAGCACACAACAAUUUGUGACAGUCUUUGAGGAUAAAAAUUACGUUUACUUCAUUUUUAACCAGCAAGAGAAGCAGCCUGUCAAUAACCGCACACUAAUUGCACGUCUUUGCAAAGACGAUGCCCAUUAUUAUUCCUACUUUGAAAUGGACUUGGGUUGCAAAGAUGAGGACGGUUCCUAUGAUCACUGUCAUUCUGCUUACGUCACCACCCCAGGAGAAGAGCUGGCCAAGAGCAUGGCUCAGCAAAGGCAAACUACAGAUUCUGCCUCAGAUGACAAAGUGCUCAUUGCACUCUUCAGCAAAGUAAACAAAGAUAAUGGCUCCCUAAAAUCUGCCAUGUGUGUGUUUUCGUUGAGGCACAUCAAUGAAAAAAUGGAGAAAAACCGGGAUGAUUGCUACACAAAUAAGAAUACCAGCAUGUUUUACAAACUCUUUGCAGUAGAAAACCCAUGUGGACAACAUGGACAGAAUGCAAGCAAAAAUUUCCCCUGUGGCUCUGAACACUUACCAUACCUCUUGGGAAGUAAAAAUGGUGUUAUAGAGAAGCCAGUAUUACAAAAAGAAGGGAUGAAUCUCACGGCUGUUACAGUGACUGUGGAGAAUGGGCACACCGUGGCCUUUCUGGGGACUUCGGAUGGAAAAAUUCUUAAGGUGUUCCUGUCAUCCACUGUAAUCGAGUACAGCUCUCUGACUAUUGAACUAAAUAAACCCAUAAAGAAUGAUCUGGUCCUUGACAAAACCCAAGAAUAUCUAUAUGUGAUGACCACAGACAAGGUGCAUCGCCUUCCCGUACAGCAGUGCCACAAGUAUUCAGACUGUGAGAAGUGCACGCAGGCUCAGGACCCGUACUGCGGCUGGUGUGUGCGGGAGGGCAGGUGCACAAAGAGGGCAGACUGUGAAAUGGCUGAUAAGGAGAACGACUGGCUCUGGAGUCCAAGUGGCACAUGUAUGACUAUCAUCAGUGCAGACCCUCAAAACAUGAGUCGUAGAGCCCCUGCUAAGGUGAAACUCACAGUAAGUCCACUGCCAACUUUGAGCACCAGUGACAAACUUUGGUGUACCUUUGGUGAAACAAGCCAUCGUGCUCAAUUAAAUGAAGGAGUUAUUAUCUGUGACCCACCUGAUAUGAUUCCGCCAACACCGAAAGGUCAAGAUCACGUUUCAGUUCCAUUACAGUUAACCUUUGGAGAGAACAAGAUAUUUUUUGCAUCACAUACUUACCCUUUUUAUGACUGUGAAGAAGCAAUGAAUCUUUAUGAAAACCAGCCAUGCUAUUCUUGUGCAAGCAAUAGAUGGAAUUGCCAGUGGGACUGGAAGAAACAUAUCUGUGAAGAAUCUUCUUCAGCACAGGAUGUGAUCAAACAAAAUAUGGAAGAAGAAUGCCCACAGUUUCUAAACCCUAACCCAUCAAUAAUACCUAUGGAGUACCGAACAACAGUGCAUUUUGAGGGAAGACAUCUAGCUUAUUAUCAGGAUGAAAAAUUUAUGGUUGGAAACAGCCAAUUUGAAUUUGAAGCUUCUGUUGAGGCAGCAGAUGAAGGAAGAUUUUCAUUCACGACUAAAGAGUUCUCCUAUAGUGCAAAUGAAACCUUAAAACUUAAAUUAUCCAUGAGAACGGGGAAGGUUAAGAUUGACAGCAAACUGAUGGUGACUCUGUACAAUUGCUCCUAUGGAAGAAGUGAUUGCAGUUUGUGUCUUGCCGCCCAUGAAGACUAUAAGUGUGUCUGGUGUGAAGAGGAUGGCAAGCCAAGCAAGUGUGUGUAUGAGAAGCUGUGUCGUGCUCCUCCCACCAACACGUGUCCUCAUCCAGAAAUCACUCGCAUUGAGCCAAAGACUGGACCACUGGAUGGUGGAAUUCUUUUGACCAUAAUGGGAUCUAAUUUGGGAAUAAAAGCAGAAGAUGUAAAAAAUAUAACGGUGGCAGACAAGGAAUGUGUUUUCAAGGAGGAAUUCUACUCUGUUUCCACAAGGAUUGUGUGUCAAGUUGGAGAAAUGAAGGUUCCUAAACAAGGUCAAAUUGAAGUUAACAUCAAUGGAAAAUUAGGUAAAUCACCAAGUGAUGUGCAGUUUACAUACCAGGACCCUCACCCUACUGGCAUAAGACCUCAAAGUGGUCCACAAGCAGGUGGAACCACACUUACCAUCACUGGUAUGAACCUGGCAACUGGUUCCAAGAAGGAUGUUCGUGUUCUUCUCGGUAGCCAGCCUUGCAAUGUCACUGAAUUUGGAGAUGAGAUUGUUUGCAUUACGGGACGUAAUAGCAAGGUUGAAGCUGUUGGAGUCACAAUGCACUAUGGGGGAACAAAAAUUGUUGUACCAGUGCAUUUUUCAUACAGUGAGAAUCCUACUGUCACCAAAUUCAAGCCCAUAAAUAGCUUCAGCAGUGGAGGGAGAAAUAUUACGGUAACUGGAACUGGGUUUGAACUCAUCCAGAGUUUCUCACUGAUGGUACAUGCGGAGCGUCCAGAAGCAGGCAAACUGAGCUCCAAAACGUUUGUUGGAAACUGUGUUACAAGACUUAAUGAAACCACAGUGGUUUUUUCUUCACUACCAGUAUUGGAAGAUCCAGAAAACUAUAACAUUACCACUAUUAUUCUAAUGGAUCAUUAUCAGUUGGUUGUAAAAAAUGAGAGCCAUUCAUUUACGUAUGUUGCAGACCCGACUUUUGAAAAUUUCACAGAUGGCAUCAAAAAGCAAGUCAACAAACUUAUAAAUGCAAAGGGCAGUAACCUGAACAAAGCCAUGACGAUAGAUGAGGCCCAGGCUUUUGUAGGUGAUGAGCCAUGCAACAUAAAAACACUGACCGAAACAGACUUAUAUUGUGAGCCACCUGAAGUACAGCCACAACCAAAGAAAAGGCAGAAGAGGGAUAUGAUCAAUAACCUUCCAGAAUUCAUUGUGAAGUUUGGACUCCGUGAAUGGGUCCUUGGAAGGGUGGAAUAUGAUACACGUGUGAGUGACAUCCCCCUGAAUCUUAUUUUGCCACUGGUACUUAUUCCUAUGAUAGCAAUCAUCAUCAUUUCUAUCAUCUGUUACAGACGGAAGAGCCAGCAAGCAGAACGAGAGUAUGAAAAAAUUAAAUCACAACUUGAAGGCCUGGAGGAGAGUGUCAGAGACCGGUGCAAGAAGGAAUUCACAGAUCUAAUGAUAGAGAUGGAGGAUCAGACAAAUGAUGUAAACGAAGCUGGAAUCCCAGUACUGGACUACAAAACGUACACAGACAGAGUCUUCUUCUUGCCUUCCAAAGAUGGGGAGAAGGACGUGAUGAUUACAGGGAAGCUGGACAUUCCAGAGGCUCGGCGGCAGACUGUGGAGCAGGCUCUGAACCAGUUCUCCAACCUCCUCAAUAGCAAAUCAUUUCUCAUUAAUUUUAUUCACACUCUGGAAAACCAAAGGGAGUUCUCUGCUCGAGCUAAAGUGUAUUUUGCCUCUCUACUGACGGUCGCUUUACAUGGAAAACUAGAAUACUAUACUGACAUCAUGAGGACUCUGUUCUUAGAACUGAUGGAGCAGUACGUGGUGGCCAAAAACCCAAAGUUGAUGCUAAGAAGAUCUGAAACAGUUGUUGAGAGAAUGUUGUCUAACUGGAUGUCUAUUUGUUUAUAUCAGUACCUCAAGGACAAUGCUGGGGAGCCUCUUUACAAAUUGUUCAAAGCCAUCAAACACCAGGUAGAAAAAGGUCCAGUGGAUGCUGUACUGAAGAAAGCCAAGUAUACACUGAAUGAUACAGGCUUACUAGGAGAUGAUGUUGAGUAUACACAGUUGACAGUAAAUGUGUAUGUACAAGAUGGAGGAACUGAUUCUACACCUGUGAAAGUGCUGAACUGUGAUACUAUAUCGCAAGUAAAGGAAAAGAUAAUAGACCAAGUCUAUCGAAAUCUGCCGUGUUCUCAGUGGCCAAAAGCUGAGAGUGUAGCUCUUGAGUGGCGUCCAGGUUCUACUGCACAGAUCCUCUCAGACUUGGAUUUAACAUCCCAAAGAGAUGGCAGAUGGAAACGUAUCAACACACUGAUGCAUUAUAAUGUCCGAGAUGGUGCCACACUCAUCUUAUCAAAAAUGGGAAUUUCCCAGCAGCCAGAGGAUAAUCAGCAAGAUGUCCCAGGGGAAAGGCACGCGCUUCUGGAAGAUGAAAAUAAGGUCUGGCACCUAGUCCGGCCCGUAGAUGAAAUUGAUGAAAGCAAAUCGAAGAGAGGCAGUGUGAAAGAAAAAGAAAGAACCAAAGCUAUUACAGAAAUCUACCUGACAAGACUUCUGUCUGUGAAGGGAACACUUCAGCAGUUUGUAGAUGACUUCUUUCAUAGUGUGCUCAACUCAAACCAUGUAGUGCCACCAGCUGUGAAAUACUUCUUUGACUUUCUUGAUGAGCAAGCAGAAAAACAUGACAUCAAGGAUGAAGAUACCAUUCACAUCUGGAAAACAAACAGCUUGCCUCUUAGAUUCUGGGUAAACAUACUGAAAAAUCCCCACUUCAUCUUUGAUGUUCACGUUCAUGAAGUAGUGGAUGCUUCCUUGUCAGUCAUUGCACAGACUUUCAUGGAUGCUUGCACAAGAACAGAGCACAAAUUAAGCAGAGAUUCUCCAAGUAAUAAAUUACUUUAUGCGAAAGAGAUCUCUAAUUAUAAGAAAAUGGUGGAAGAUUACUACAAAGGUAUUCGUCAGAUGGUACCAGUUAGCGACCAAGAUAUGAAUACCCAUCUAGCAGAAAUCUCUAGGGCACAUACCGAUUCCUUAAACACGCUUGUGGCUCUACACCAACUCUACCAGUACACUAACAAAUACUAUGAUGAGAUUAUAAAUGCACUUGAAGAGGAUCCAGCUGCACAAAAAAUGCAGCUCGCCUUCCGUUUACAGCAAAUAGCAGCUGCGUUAGAGAAUAAAGUGACUGACCUUUGACUCGAAAGCCGCAAUAAAGAAAUCUGAUCUGAAGAUGUUCAAAUUCAUUCUUCCUAUUAAGGAAAUAGUGUUCUAUUUUUUAAUGUGUAAUUACAACUUUAAAUGAAAGAUUUCAUGUUUUUUUGAUAGCAGAGGUGUAAUGUAAAAAAUUUUUACUGUAAAUUAUGCUUCUAAUUAAAAGCUGUGUUGUGUGUAAAUGAAUCUUCUGUGGGAAGGAGAGUCCUUUGGCUGGGGGCAGGGUGGGGGGCGGAGGAAGGCAAGUCUGUAGUUCAGUUAAUUGCAUAGAAUCUAAAACAUCAGCAUUUAGAAUUCAUUAUGCAAGUAAACUCAAUAUUAUAGCAUCCUUUAUAUUUUAAGCAAUAUUUGUACUAGGAAAAUAACAGCAUAUUCAGAGAACCAUGCAAUAUCCCUUUUUAUUUUGAUAACUGGAAAUUGACUUCCGCGUAGCUCCAAAACUUCGUCUGUGCUCAUAAUGAACGUAGUAAACAACGUGUCCGAUUCCUCUGUGAGAUCUGCAAAUGGGUUUUGCUGCCACACACAGUUCUUACGUUAAUUAUUUAUGCCCACGGUAAUGCACAGUACUGCGCCCAGCACGGUUGGCUGCGACGGAACUGACAGUGAUGCCGUGGCUGUGAGGAGUUUUCUCCUGAAAGAGGGUCUCUUUUGGUUCAGAAAUCACCGCAAAGGAGUAUUAAAUCUUCACGACCCUUUGUUAUCAAUGUGAGUUUUAUGAUAUAUGCUAAUGUGCCUUACUUGUACUAAUUCUGUGAAUCUGAUGAAUGGUUUUGUAAAAAGAAGCAGAUCAGAAAAAGAAAUAUUUAUGUGCUAUUGAAUGACUUUUGUGUGAAAACCAUGACCAGCAGAAUGCUUGUAAUUAGCCGCUUGCCGAGAGUGUGUUGUUUAACAUGAUCUGAUUAUGUAUAAUAUCUUAUUUUAGAAUGGUUCUGAUGAUUUUUUUUUAUUAUUUGGAACUGUCCUAGGGUUACCAUCACUUGUUUUUAUUGUAUUUGUGAUGUAAAAUACUAGUACAAUAUUGGAAAACCUGUAUGCCCACGUGUUGAAAACCACUCCGUUUUGAGACUUGGAAUUCCACAUCUGAUCAAACAACACCAUCAACCCAUAGCAAAGACAGUCAAAAUCACUAGUCAGAAGUGUGCGCUUACAACGUAUGUAAGCUACAUACAAAUCCAAAAGCUCGGUACGCCUUCUUCAAUUGCUGUAUUGCACAUCAGAGUUCUUCGUUCCCUUUUGUCUCGCCAGCGUUGGCAGUGAAGUAGCAUUUUAAGGAAGCGCUGCCAUUGGUGUGAGUUCACUCCCUGCCCUGCCCAGCGCCCACCACCAGCUUCAGCCAGCUGACCCAGGCAGCCACAAGACCAUAAGGUCAGUUCUACCGUUGGCUGAUUUGUAUUUUUUUCCUUUCUGAAAGCUUCCUGGUAUUUGGCAGCGGAUCUUCCCAUCAGCUUCAGAAAUGGAAAGCCUCACCAGUGCUGGUCCUGUGGGCUGGGAGGGCUUUUGUUUUGGGUUUUUUGUCCUCGAUUUGUUGCAUUUGCGUAUAACCGUUCCUGACCUUGCCUGGGCUGUAAGUUAUUGUACACUGUGUAGGACUGAGGUACAUGACUGCUACAUAAAGCUGCUUUGCCAGCUACUUCAUCAACAAAAGCAUCUUAAUUUCAUGGCUAAUCUGUUUCUUUGUCGUUAUUUGUAAAUCCUGUUAAUUGUAAAUCAAAUACAAUGUUGUUUUUUUUUCCA